AUGAAAAAUCUCCAUUAUUCAACUAUCCUAGAAAAUUUAAGUCGUCAUUUUGAAAUAAAAGAUGUAGUUUUCACACUCUUCGAACAUUCAUUGAUUCGAUUUGACCAACCUCAAGAACAUCGUAAUAAUAGAGAUACGUGUCUGACUCUGAAGAUGAAUCCAUUCUUAUCUCACAAGGCGUCACUAAAAACAGACAGAAUCUGGUUUGGUUUUGUUUUCUUCUCCAACUUUGCAAUCGAGUUAUGUUUUAAUGCAGCUCAAUUUGCGACUCACAACAGCAGAAGCAAAAGCAGAAGAGUUUUAAUAGUUCAAUCAAAUGUAGAGAAAUUUCGUUGUUUCACGUUUUAUUGCAAAAAAAAAAGAAUUUCUCCAGCGUAA